GGUCCUUCAACAAUAAAGACGAUAAGUUAGCAGGAAUAGAAGACACGCUAAGAGUACAAUCAACUUUAGAAUAAGAGUCCCUUGCAAGGAAAUGAGCCAUGUUAUUCGCAAAUCGUUUUACAAAAGUUACAGAAACAUUAAAAAGAAAAUAAAGCAGAUUUUUGGAGUCGUUAAUAAGGCUUCCAUAUGGAGAGAACAUGUGGACUUUGCUGUUAAUUGCAUGAACGAAAUUAAGACAAUCCAAUUCAACUUGAACAUUCUGCCAGUUGUUUGCUUUUAUCCAACUGAGUGCUUCUUUUAUUGUUUGUAUUAGUCUUUUACGUUAAUUAGGAAAACUAUUUUAAUUAGUCUUUUAUGUUAAUUAGGAAAACUAUUUUAAUUAAUAGAUGAUUCAAACCUUUUUAAGGUUUUGAUAAAAAUGCUAUUACAUGGUUGUUUGCAGAAAAAAAAAUGGUUACUCCAACUCCAUUUUGAUUGAUACACUAACUUAUAUAGUUUGGUGAUUGUCACAUACAUUUGAUUGGAAUGGAAUGAAAUGAUUGUGUUAUGACCUUCUAAAUUGAUGGUAUGAUCUUAUCUUCAAGAAAAUAAUAUGUUAUUUGAGAAAUGUUACUUGUAAUAUUAUUACUGCUGAUGUAAUUUACUAUUAAAUUCUACAUAUUUUACUUUAAUAAAAAUUAUAAAGAAUCAUAAACAAAUUAUAGAACCAUAGAUGUUAUUUUGUAUAAAGUAAAGGGUUACUCCUAACAGGAGAUGCCUUUUUACUGGACCUCUUCUCUUUACAUUUUGCCUUCUUAACUCAAUAGCAUCUACUUAAAGGCAUCUAUAGCUCUUCCUAUAAACACAAUCAUAAAGUUUGUUCUUGUUUGGAUGUUAUUUGCUACCCCAUUGUAUCUUUUGGGUGAAUUUAUUGGAAAAAGUUCCCAAACUGAGGUUCAAGCUCAAUCCCAAAAUAACAAGGAUGAGCUAAAACCUUCAUUAACUAGGGUAAAAACCAACCGAAAAAAUCUAAAAGUUGCGCGGUUCAUGUGUUAUCUUCCUCAGAUGGCAUGGGCUGGGAUAUUUCCUUUUAGUGCGAUUUGCGUUGAGCUUUCGUCUGUGGUUUAUAGCUUGUGGGGUUAUGAGAAUUACACUCAGUACAAGUUUCUGUUUGUAACCUUCAUUCUUCUUCUAAUCAUCACUGCUUUAAUCAAUGUGGGCUUGAUUUGUUGCAAGAUUGUUUCUAAAGAUCACAAAUGGUGGUGGAGGUCAUUUGUGUAUGGUGGAUCAAUUGGAUUGUAUGUUUAUGGGUUUUGCAUACAUUACUUAUUGUAUAAGAGAUCAGAUAUGUCAGGUUCCUUACAACUCUCAUUCUUCUUAGGAUACAUGGCUUGCAUUUGCUAUGCCCUUUUCUUGAUGUUUGGUAGUGUUGGUUUCUUAGCCUCUUAUCUCUUUCUUCGCCAAAUUUACCAUUCUCUUCAUUACUCAAAAACUUGAUAUAGCUGAUGACACGAGAUGAGAUAAUUGUAUUACAUCUUUGUUUCAAUUAUUAUUAUUAUUAUUAUUAUUACUAUUAUUAUUAUUAUUAUUAUUAUUAUUAUUAUUAUUAUUAUUAUUAUUAUUAUGUAUUUUGGUGAGAUAAAUCGAUAGUGUAUUAGGUAUUCGGGGUAUUCAUCCAAUUUAAUUCGUACUAUUUUAUUCAAAUUUCAUAUUUUAGAUACAAUCAAAUUCGAAAAAUUUGCAGAUUGGAUCGUAUAUUUUUUAUUGUUACUUUUAAUAUUAAAUUAUUUAACAUUUAUUAAAAAAUAUUUUUUUUUUCACAUAACUAAUAAUAAAAUAAAACAAAUUAUUAUUAUUUUGUAUCUUGAACAACCAAUUCAAAUAAAUAAAUAAAAUAACAAAUUCAAAAAAGAUGAAGAAAAACAAAAUUUUAAUUUUAUUCUAGAUUAUAUUUUGCUGUAAAUAAGAAUGCAAUAUAAUAUUUGAUUUAUUAUUUUUUUUAAAUACAUUUAUAUCAUAUGUAUUUUUUUCUUUGAAAAUUUUCCAUAUUAUUAUUUAUUAACAGUCACUUACAAUAAUAGAGAAAAUAAAGUAAGGAAUUUACAUAUUAUUAUUAUGAUAUAAAUUUAUAUGAUAUGUAUUAAAUUUUUUAAUUAUUAUUUUUUACAUUAAAAUAUUAAUUAUAUAUAAAUAUGUGUAUUGGAUUAGAUAAGUUAAUUGCAUCAACAGACUAAAAUUUAAAAUUAAUUGUCAUAAUAUUGUUGGUCAAUUAAUUGGCAUAUAUACCGUUACACGCGUACCGUAAAAAAAUAUU